AUGCCGUUGACUGUAGGACUCCUGGCAAAGACGGCUCCUGCUGCAUUCUGGGCCCACUUUGAGCUUUUCUCGAGACCGAAGCUGCUUGAAGAGGUACGUGAAGAGGUAGAGCAAAACGCCCUCAAGGUUGCACCAGACGGCACGCACAUGAUUGAUUUGGGGUACCUUCGCGAUAAUUGUCCACUCCUAUCAAUUACCAGGAGUACUACGGACAAGGACAACAAUGGUAACGAUCCGGUUUGUUACCCAGAAUGUUGUUCUCGCAAAUACUUUCUCAAAUCCGGAACUAUGCUCUUCAUGCCUGCGAAGCAACUAGGCCGAGAUGAAAGCGCUUGGGGAAAUUCCGCUGGUGAGUUCAACGGACGAAGGUCCAUGAGAUCCACUACAGCAACCGAGAAUAAGGGCGACAUGAGAAAGGAUCCCCGGCGUACUGGCGGAUUCAUGGCAUUCGGUGUUUCUCCAUCAAUUUGUGCAGGGCGUCACGGGCGUCACUUUGCUACCAGUGAAAUCUUGGCACUGGUAGCCAUGAUUGCCUUGCGAUAUGACAUUGCUCCAGCUGAUCGGCUGUGGCGCGCACCGCAGAGGAUGAAUUCGGCAACCACAUCCAACAUGAGUCCAAUUGAUGGGACUUUCCCCGUCACUGUGAAAAAGAGAAGAAAGUAUGAAGGGAAAUCGUGGCAGUUUGAAAUUACUGAAGGCAAAGGAUAG